ACAUACUUUGUCAGUCACCCUGUUCCGCCGUCGUUGUUCGUUGUGGCAGGUCACACUAAAGCCCGUAAUCGCCUAUUUUCAGUUGAAGAUGGCCGCUGGUCCUCUGUCUGUAUCUUCUACUGCGUCAACAAACAACGAUGGUAUUCUUAUUGGUGACAAAGUUUACUCUGAGGUCUAUCUCACGAUCGACAAUUCCCUCAUACCGGAGGAACGGCUUUCCCCGACGCCGUCAAUGCUCGACGGCCUCGACCUGAACACGGAGACCGACCUUCGUAUCCUUGGAUGUGAACUGAUUCAGUCGGCGGGGAUUCUUCUCCGGUUACCCCAGGUAAAAACUCAGUGAAAAUCAACUGUGUGUUAUUUUACAACGUUGACGCGGGGUUUGAAAUACAUCAGAUGUGUUGUUCAUAACAGCCCGCCGUUUGGUUGUUAGCAUCUUGCUAAUGUUAGCCCCCGUUGGCGUGGUUGAGUUAAAAUGGCGGCGCUCCAUUGUGCAAGGUGAGGCCUGUUCGGUUAAGACAAAGUACUUACGCCAAACCCUGACUUUCUCGGCAGGUGGCAAUGGCAACGGGGCAAGUGCUGUUUCACCGUUUCUUUUACUCGAAGUCCUUCGUCAAGCACAGCUUUGAGGUAAGUCUGCUCAACGUCGUGGCUCACUGUCACUCCAACGGUCUUGUGUCUGUGAAGCAAAACGUUUGAUUCACGUUCGUGGCAGCCAUAUUGUCUAAACGUAAUGCUUGGAGUUCGUGAAGUAGCGCGAGGCAAAUAACAGGUAGACUUUAUCCGCAUAAAACCACGGAUAAUACGUUAAGAAAUACAAUUCAACUUCUCACUGAGUAACAACGUACACUUUUGUUCUUGGUGUGUUAAAAAAAAACUAAUACAUUUCCUCUUAAAGAAGUGUUUUGAUGAAGAUAUGCUUGUAGCUUAACGUAUCUAAGCUUCCUGUGACCCAGAGAAAGCAUUGACUUCUUUUCCUAGGGGACCAGCACCCUCAGAAUCCUCUCUUAGUGUGUUAUAAAGUCAAAUAUAUCAGUGUCAUAAAACAAUGCAAAUCACAGUGGAGUCAUUACAUGGUACUUAUAGAAUAGGCUGCACACAGUGAUAAAAGUGCAAAUUCUCAUCCGUUUAAAUGUGAAAUGUCACCUUUCUCGACUUCGCCUUUCUCUCUUGUUAUUUUUUCAUUCAGUACUUGUAAACAAUUCAACUAUUGCUUUAAUUGUCCCCUCUCCAGAUUGUUGCCAUGGCGUGUAUCAACUUGGCCUCCAAGAUUGAGGAAGCACCACGACGAAUACGAGACGUCAUCAAUGUUUUCCACCACCUGAGGCAGAUGAGAGGCAAAAAGUAAGCAUUAGCAUUGAAUCCAGUCUUCAUCCAAUGGAGAAAUGAAAAUGUUUAUAACUCUAAGUAUUGUUGUGUUGGGUUUAUUUUUGUUUGACACCAGUUUUAUACUGUAUGUUGUUGAUCUGUUGUGCCAUGAAAGUGCUUUUCUGUUUAUCCGUGUACUCUAAACCACUUUAAAACUUUUCAGUUUCCUCUUCACUGGUAGUUUCAGAAGUAUAAUUGUCUACAUUUAACGUCUGAGUUUGAUAUCGCUCUGAAAAUAAUUUCUCGGCAAAUUCAUUUGAACAAUUUGACCAGUGGAAUUCAGACUGAUCUUUGCAAGACAAGGCACUGCAUUAGGAGUGCCUUUGUCUUCAUAGAAAUCUGUACAUGUAAUUACUAAAGGCCUUGGCAUUAACUUGGCUUCUUUUUUCCCUUGCAACCAACUAACAGCGACCAGCUACAUUUACCAAACCCUGGGUGAUGUGGAAUGGUACGUAAGAUGAAGCAGUCGGCAUGACAACCAUGAUGCAAGGGGGUCUCUAUCCUCCCCCCAGGGCCACCCCACCCCCCUCCUGUGGGAGACGCCCGUGGUCUGAGCCACCGCGGGGCACUGGGAUCGGGGAUGACAGGUUGGCCGAAGGUCCUUGGCCCCCGGGGCUCCUUGAGGACUCCUGUGGUUCAGUCUUAAGCAUUGGGUAACUGUCCGUCAGUCUGCGGAGCAGUGGGUAAUGUAAUUUUCGUCUGAUCGCUCCUCACCAUGCAUUUUGUUUGUGCUUAAAGAGCAAAACCCCAUUCACCAACUGUUACUCAUGGCUUUUAUAGAAAUAUCACCUUGUCAAUAGAGGCGACUAUCAAAUCUCAGUACAUGUAGCUCAUGAAGGCUGUGCUUCAGUCUAGGUUUUGGAACAUGUUCAGUGCAUGCACUGUAGAUUCAAUAGUUUGUCCUAUGUAGUAUGUUUGAAACAAAUCAGGCGUCAUGGAGUUAAAGUUGGACUGAAUAGUUUCAUGUUGAGAAACUGAUCUUAAAUGAGAGCUGUUUAAAUGCAUGUUGUUUGUAGCAUGACAUUGAGUAGUUUUCUGAGAUGUCAGAAUACAUGUUUUGGACUUUUAUUUUGAUAGUUUGCUCUCAGGAGGAUUAAUGUUAAGCCUCACUUAUUGAGCAUGAGUGAUUUGUCAGAAUACAAACCCUAUUUAGGAGCCUGGUACUUAGUUAAAGGAGAUCAAGGUGUUUACUGCAAGUCCUUUGUUUUAAUUAAGCAUUUGCUACAAUCUGCUGCUGUUGCACAUGGUAGCUUUUAGAUAAUCUGAUUUGAUUAAGUUAAUGUUUGCAAAUUGGUGCUUAACUUUAGUGAAUGUAAAUAGUCAGGGCAUGAGGUUUCCUCAUUGAAUGAAAACAGUAGAAAGUAAAAGAUUUCAUUUGUUAGACCUGUUUUUGGUGGCAUAUGAAUACAUCACAAAACAUUGGAGUUGCCUGCUAUCAACAUCAGUAAAGUAGAAUCGAGUGUAUAGUUGACAAAAGAAUGACGCCCAGUUUCUGGCCUCUGAAGUAGUCAUUUAGGCAAUGCUAUGAGUUGAUAUUUCUGUUAAAGCUGUGACAUGAGGUGAUUGCGGUUGACGUCUGUCAAAGGAUCCCAAAAGCUUGAACUUGAACCACAGGAGUCUCCAAACCCCAUCAAACUGUCAGGCAUUCACUUAAACCUGUUGCUUUUAGUUGGUUGGAACGUGAAAAGAGGAGAAAAGUACAAAAAACCCCAAAUAAACAGAAGGGCACUUUCUUUUUUGUUUUUAAGUCUAUUUCAAAAGAGGGGAACAUUAUUUUCAUUUUGAUUCCUUCACAAACUAGGACACCAAGCUCAUUGAUACUUGAUCAGAACUACAUAAAUACCAAAAACCAAGUCAUCAAAGCAGAGCGGCGGGUACUGAAGGAGCUGGGCUUCUGUGUGCAUGUCAAGCAUCCACACAAGGUGAGUAAACGCCACACUCAACAUCUUGGCAUGUGCUCUAUACUUAGUGUCAGUGUCUUAAAAAAUAACCAGUAAGUUUUGAUAACAGAUUUGAACUUUAACAAUGACCACACAUAGAGCUGUUUGUGACUAGCAGUCAUUUCAUGUUUUCAGAUCAUCGUCAUGUACCUCCAAGUCCUGGAAUGUGAAAAGAACCAGACGCUGGUCCAGACGGCCUGGUAAGUUCAUUCCUAGGUCUUCACUGCCCAUAUCCCACAGCAGCAACUUGUGUCAUGUCUGCAAGAAGUAUCACUAGACCUGGGCUAAACCCUGAGAUGAGCGAGUUUCAAAUGGUUGAAGUACUCAAAAGGCACUUGUUUUAUCUGCUUGGACCUAAUAGGAUAAUUUAGUGCCCUUGGUGUCACAGGUCUGGAUUUGAAACUCAUUCAGCAACUUUUUUGCCCAGGUCUGCAACAUCCCCUCACUCCAUUUUAACCCUUCCACCUCCUUUUUUUCUAAUGGAGCAAUUUAUUUUAUUCCCAAACAAGUUUGGUGUUUCACUCUCUUGUCUGCCCUUACAUGGCUUUGCUGUAAAGUCUAUUUGAAUUGCGCUGCUCAGGGAACUUGGUUUAACUUUGUCCUUUCUCUCUACUCUUUGAUUAAAGGGUAGUCCAUGCUGGUAAGUCACAUAAAGAACCUCUGAACUCUGCCUCCUCCAACUACAUGACCACAAGAAGCUCUCCCCAUUGGCUGGCUGCCACUCUACAGACAGCCAAUCCCAAUGCCGAGAUUCUCUGAAGGGGGAGGGCGGGCCUUUCCCACAGCCAACAACGUCUUGUUUUCUCUUGGGUGUCCCAAAGGAUUUGUAUUUUUUGGUUUUAACUGUAAUGCCAAUUUUUUUUCCAAGUAGCUAUGGAUACUUAUGUUUGAAUAUUUUUCUAGUUUACUAGUACCAAGUAAACUUAAGCCAGAAAAGAAUAACUUUAACCGGAAAUAACCUGCCUUUUUAUGAAAAUGACUUACAGUAGUCUACUGUGUCCUGUCCCCAAUUGACGUGGUGUCCAGACAUGUGUCUGUCUUGCAGGCUGAUCCAGCUCUGAGGUUUUGCCUCCACGGACCUGUCUCGCCCACGCAGCAGUCAGAAUCCAACGGCCCUGUAUUAUCGAUAGUCGCGCUAGCAUAGCACUUUCACUCUGACCUGAUAGAGUGCAGGUCAGGUCGUUUGUUGAUGGCAGUUAGACUGGAAAUAUCUGUUUCCGCCAGGCCUCACUUUUCUUUUUUUUGCAAGAAACCUCCUUUAGAGCGGAGCGCACAAUUAUGAAGUGGGUGAACAUUGACACAGGUGUAUGGGAAGUUGUCACCACCCACAGUAUUUCUUUUUCUGCAUUUUUGGUUGGUUGUUCUGUCUUUUCAUAACUGAGGAACUGUUGAGAUGAUUUAUGGGGUUUUUAACCAUCAUGUUUCUGUCAUCAUAUGUGUUACGUUCCCAUUGACUUCUAUGUCUCCUGAGGACAUAGAUGCUCAUACCACCCUGUACUUACCUGAUUGACAUUCCUGCCAUUUUGCACCUCCUAAUGCUCUUUCUUUAAUGAGGCAUGUCUAUCUGUUUUGACUGCAUUUGGCUUAAGUAGUGAAACAGAGAUGGCCGCAUCAAAUCUUUAUCAGCAUAUAAAAGGAUUUGUUUGAGAGGAAUAAGAACCAGUGGUUGUUUUAGACCCCCCCGCAACAAUGUCAAGGUCAAAAUCUGCAUGGACCCAUCAAUGAAAACUUCAGUGUUUCUAAAAUACUUCCCCAGUGUUUGAUUGGAAGCUUCAUCAGCCUGCCACCAAACAUCCACAGACUCCCUGUUCCCACAGAUUUUUUAAUCUGAACCUCUGCUGCAUCAAACAUUUGGCAUGUUUGGUCCCCACACCAGUCUUUUAAGACGCGUGUCAUCUCCUCUGUCGUACUUUUCCGAGAAUAAGUUGCUCUCCAUUGUGUGAUCAUGUAGCUCGGCAGGUCUGCAAUAGACUGUCCCUGUCUUGUGUCUUCAUUCUCAAUCUGUGACAUACAACACCACCAUGGAUGCCCCAAAGAGAAAUGGACAAAGUUAAACGUGUUAGAUGAAAUUGCACAUCCCACUGUAGUGAUGUGUCACUGAAACAUUCAUAGACUUUUUUGCUUUACAUGUUCAACUCAAAUACACAGUCAAUAGUUUUUUUGAGUCUGUAGAAAUCAUUUAUUUUCUAUCGAAGUUGAAUUCAGCAAACUUAAAAGAUUUCUGCUCUAAAAGGAUUAAGUGAGAUCCAGUAAUGGAGUGAAAGAAUAGUCCUGGUGCAGUGAAACACUGAUUAGUGCCAUGAUUUUUGUGUGUGUGUGUGUUGGGUGGGGGAUGGUUCUGUGUGGAGAAAAUGCUAUGUUUUUGUUUCUGUUUGUUUUUCCUUUCAUAGGAACUACAUGAACGACUGCCUGAGGACGAAUGUGUUUGUGAGAUUCCAAGCAGAAACCAUCGCAUGUGCCUGCAUAUUCCUGGCUGCCAGAGCUCUUCAGGUAAGGCCCGGCAUACGCUGUACGGUUUCACGAAAGGUGCGGUUGAAUGUGGUUCAUGGUUUUGUUGAAUUUGUUUCCGUUGAAUCUUCUGAUUAGUGCGCUCACACUGUUGGUAGCAAUUGUUCAAAAAAGGUCCGUUGAAACUUCCCUUGAUACAUGGAAAUGGAAGCUUUUCUUCUUCCACACGUCAGUGUUGGGGCAAUCUUGGGAUGCCAAUAGAUGAGGACACCCUCACCCCUGUCUUCUCACAUAUCUGUUAUACUUAAACCCUGCAUGUGAACUCUGCAUUUUUCAAGCCCUGAGAUUGACUAAAGUUCCCCAUCAUUUUCACUGAUUCAUGAGCAUUCAUGUAAUACACACAGAAACAGACACCAUGCUGAAGUAUUUACAGCAGGAAACAUUGACCUCUUGUACAACACUAAACAAACAACACUUAUGAGUACUCAUUAUUUUUCGACAUGUAAACAAGAUAUCUGAUUGUUUACUUUUUGAAUUAUUCCCAGAUACCGCUGCCAUCAAGACCUCAUUGGUUUCUGCUGUUUGGAGCAACUGAAGAGGAGAUUAAAGAGAUCUGCAUCACCACCCUGAGACUGUACACCAGGAAGAAGGUAAUUUUUUAACCUUUUUGGAUAAGUGUGAAAGCUGUCUCGAUAUAUAUGAAGACUAAGUAAGACUCUUUUACACCCAGUCUGAAUAGACGUGUGAUAGCCGUGCAUGAUCUCAUCAGUAUUAAGUGUUUUUUAAAUGUAUGAACUCAUCACAAUUUCUCCUGCAGCCAAACUACGAUCAUCUGGAGAAGGAGGUGGAGCGGAGGAAGGUGUUCUUGGCAGAGGCUAAGCUGAAAGCCAAAGGUCUGAACCCCGAUGGUACCCCUGCCCUGUCCACACUGGGCGGUUUCUCCCCUGCCUCCAAACCCUCGUCCCCGAAUGUGGUGAAAGUAGAGGAGAAAUCUCCAAACCCCCAGACCCUCAAACUGGUGAAGAAGGAGCCAGACAACCGGACCCAGGUCAACAAGAGUCCACAUAACGGGUAAGAGAGACGCUUACAGAUGAUGAAGUUUUGGUUACUUUUAGAGGCUCACUGGCCUUUGCCGUUUACAGUUAUUUUCUUCACACUUUGAGGUAGCUCUCUUUUUUUCUUAUGUCAAUGUUUGUCUGAAUUUGAAAUUGUUUUUACCAGCUUGAGGAAAGAGGUGAAGAUUGGAAGAAAUAGCAGAAGUGGAAGUCGAUCUCGAUCAAGAACACGAUCCCGGUCUAGAUCUCGAUCUCCACGCAGACAGUAAGAUUACUGAACACUAUUUUGAACAUUCUCAGUGAGCUGUUUUAGAAAUGAGACUGUCCAAUAAUCACAACAGUCUUACUGGCUGAAAUUGUGUCUCAUCAUUGUCCCGAUUUUGUUUCCAGCUAUAACAGCAGACGCAGUCGCUCAGGGACCUACAGCUCUCGCUCUCGUUCACGCUCUCACAGUCGCAGUCCAUCCCCGCGGCGACACCAACCAUCACCCCUCCUCCCCCACCUCAAGUCCAAGACGAGCCACCACGGCAACAGCGAUUCCAAGCCCAGCGGACGCCACAGCAACAGCGGCGGAGGAGGAUCCGGACACAAAAGGAAGCGCACGCGCUCUAGAUCACGGUCCCGCACCCCAGUCAAAGCAGACAGGGACCGCGACCGAGAGCGAGAACGCGAGAGGGACAGAGACCGCAGCGCCUACGACCUCACUUCAAAGAAACACAAGCAUGAGCGAGGAGCCGGGCAUAGAGGGGACAGGAGGGAGAGGGAGAGAUCCCGGUCCUACGACAGGGACAGAGAGAGGGAGCGCGGCCACAAGAGCAAACACCACAGCAGUAGUGGACACUCAGGACAUAGCCGCCACCGACGCUGAGACACACAAACACACACACACACACAUACACACACACACACAUACACAUACAUACUCAGACAGGCUCAAGGACUGAUGAUCAUCUUUGUACAAUCUGUGCGCUCAAAAUAAACCCAACCUUGCGUGUUCUGCUGUCAUGUCAAAUACAGUUCAGCCUUUUUUUCUGUCGCCAACUGAGGUCAUGUCAUCAAACACAUCUUCAUGUACUUGAAAUGGUUGAGUAAAUAGUUUUGCCCAAACUGGUAUUGUAAGUAAACAAAGAACUCGUCGGGUUACAUAGCUGACAUGUCUUUUGAGGUUGACAAGAAAAUGUCAACAUACUGAGCACGCGUUGCUGCUUUCCUUCAGCCACAGUUGAAAGAGCACAGAUUUUGAUGCAGUUGGUAGAGCAGCAAGCCUUUUAAAAGUCACAGCUGGGUUUCUUAAAUGCACCCUGAAACGAACCACUUAAUGAUAAUUUACAGAAAUCUUGUCUUGAAAUUUCUUUGUUGCCCAAAACCAGAUAAGAAAACUGACUUUUUCUCAAAGAACUUGUCCUCCUAAUGGACGACGGUUUAGCCCUGACAUUGAAACACAGCUGAAAUUCAAAAUACAGCACACGCAUGCACAUUUGUUUAGGUGAUCUAAGACUUGUGUUUUUCAUCUAAACAACACCACAUUGAAAGCAGGCAUUUCUCCUGAAGUGGUUGUUAUAUUUAUGUAGAUUGAUGGUUUUGCAUUUAAGGAACUCAGACAUGCCGUUUGAUCCAGCUGACUUUUCAGAGAAGGUGCCGCUCCAGUGUGACAUCAGUCCCAGGCCUGUCCUCAUUCUCUCCACAUCAACAUUUUUCUUUCUUUCCCGUGAUUCCCACUGUCACUCCACACUGCUACCAUCCUUCUAGUCGACCCUCCUGUUCUUGGUUUUUACAUGUCAAGUUGUGGACUUUGGGGGAAAAAGGAAUUUAUUUACAGUGUAAAAUGGUUGAUGUCUGCUGACACAUGUUAAUUGCUUUGAUUUAUAAAAGCAAACUGCUCAGUAGAAGGAUUGAAUAAAUGUAAAGUUGGAAAAAAAAAAUCAUUCAGGGGAGAUCAACAUGUUUGCACAUUAAAGGACUGACAGGUGCAUUUUUUUUUUUGUUAUCUUUUCCUUUUUGAACAUGUGUUGCUUCAGCUGUAUUUUGUACAGUGAAAAAAACUGCUCUUGGAUCUAUGUUUUUCUCUCUUUUUUCAUUUUUUUUUUUUACCGCAGGGGUGCAGACUUGAUCUCAAAUAUUUUAUGGUCUUCAAGUUGUGUCACUGGUUUUAGUCUGCACAUGUUCAUGUCCAAUUUUUAUUCAACAAUAAAUGAGUUAUGCCACUGACAUGUGACCUUUUUGGAUUGGUG